AUGGCGUUCGGAGGUGCACCCGCGUUCGGCGCGACCGUGAACGCUAAUCCCUUCGGCGGAUCCGGAUCGUUCGGUCCAGCCGCCACCUCGGCACCAUUCGGCGGGGUGCAGGCAUCGCCGACGGGGGGGUUUCCCGGGCAAACGGGCGGGGCGCCCGCGUUCGGCAGUUCGGCGUUCGGCCGGCCCAUCAACUCCACGCCGGGUGUAUCGGGCUCCAUGCAGGCUCCGGGUAUGUGGAACUCGACGUCAAACUUGGCGGCAUCGUCGUUUGGUACCACGCAGACAACGACGCAGCCUGUGCAGAAUGCGUGCUCGCACUGGAACGAAGGGAGGUGUCGCUUCGGCACGCGCUGCCGCCAGAGGCACGUGUGCGCAAAUUGUGGUUCGUCCGCGCACACAUCUCGCCAGUGCUCUUCCGCGGGGGCUGCCACCAACUCCACCGCAGAGUAUCGCCCGUCGAGGAUCGUGGAGCGAAACAACAACGGAUCCACGACACACGGAACCAUUCAUCACGUGGAGGCCAUGCCCGAGCACCGCGGUUCAUCCGCCGAGCAAAUCCGUCAUGAAGCCCGAAGCAGCAACAACAACUUCAACUCCCCGGUCGCAUCCACCGCCAUCAACAACAACACGAUGUUCAACAACAACAACAACAACAACAGCAACACGAUGUUCGGCGGCAACAACAACAACAACAACACGAAUUUGUUCGGCGGCAACAACAACACCUCCGGCACGAAUUUGUUCGGCAACAACACCAACACCAACACGUUGGGUUCCACGCCGACGAGUUGGCCGGGAACGACCACGACGCCGCUCGUGUCGACACCCACUCCGGGACCCAACCCCUUCGGCCCGACCCCCGCGACGAACGCGUCUUCGCCGUGGCCCGCGCCCCAGCCGUCCACGCCGGGCGGCAGCUUCGCCUUCAACCCCCAGGCGCAGACGACGCCCGCGCCUGCUCCCGCCGCGCCGGCGAGUCAGAACAUGUUCUCGUUCCCCCAGGCGCAAACCGGGGCCCCGGCUACCGGCGCGAACCCGUUCAGCUUCACGCCGACGACCGCGGCGGCGACCUCGCCGACGUCGGCCUUCACCAUGUCGCAGCCGGCGGCUCAACCGGCGAAUUCAUUAUUCACCGGGCUGCAGCAGCCGGCCACGACGACGCCUGCGGCGAGUCCGCUGUCGUCGUCGCUCGGUAUGUUCAACCCUCAGUCUGCUCCAGCGCCGGCAUUCACCGGUCUGACUCGGCCGGCGGUGACGCAACCGGCGACCAGUCAGCCAUUCUCGUUGACGACGCCGGCGUUCUCGUUGACGCCGCCGGCCCAAAGUUCGCCGCUCGCGUCGCUCGGGGGUUUAGGGACUGGGGCGGCGCAGAACGCGUCGCAGGGAUCGUUGUUUGGGGGUCUCAGACCCCCCGUCGGGGGCGGCACCAUCCCGCAGAUUCAAACUCCCUCGCCCGCGCCGACGCUCUUUCCGAGUUCGACGUCGUUCCCGAGCUCGUCGCUCUUUCCGAGCGCGACCAACCCGUCGCAGGCGACGACGUAUUCGAACGGCCUCGUACCGGCCGCCAACGCUGCUCUGGCGCCGCCCAAGGUCAACUCGUCGCCCUACGGCAAACCGCUCGAAUCGUCGAAGAUCAUCUCCGCGAGUCGCGAGGUUGUUUCUGGGGUGUCCAACGCGUCUCCCGCCUCCACGAUCGGCGCGAUGGGCAAGGGUGGCUCUCAGCUCUCCGCGUGGGCGACGAGCUCUCCGCGCCGCGUUUACAUGAGCCGAGCGCCGCUUCCGGCUCCGUCUCGCAUAUCGCUCAGACCCAGGGGAAGCCCCGUUCGUCGCGAGGAGUGGAUGCUCCAACCCGCGUCAAAGCCGAGGGAGCUCAUCAUCCGCGCGGAGACUUUCGAAACACCGAUGGGGGGGGAGACGUCGCCGGCUGUCCUGUCGAUCGCGGAGAAGGACGAGUUCGUCGAACCCGCCUUCAUCCUGACGGAGAGCGCAAAGAACGACGGGUACUCGUGCGAAUUCGAAGUUGAAGGCAAAAAGCUGAGAGACUUCCGCGUGACCCGCCGAGGGUUCGGAUCAGUCAGGUGGCUUCAACCCGUGGAUGCGACCCACCUGAACGGCAUCGAUGUCGCUCGUGUCGUUCGAAUCGAGCGUGGGGCGGUGUACAUGUACGACGAAGCGUCCGGCGUGUCGGCGCCGAGAUCGGGCGAGGGGCUCAAGACCAGGGCGGAGGUGACCCUGCUGCGUUGCACUUCAAAGAAGGACACGGAGGAAUCCAGAAAGAAGUUCGAGGCCAAGGUGGUGCAGCAGACCAGGCGAAUGGGCGCCGAGCUGUUGGAAUAUAACAUCGACACGGGCACGUGGCGCUUCGUGAUCGAUAUGUGA